UAGCUGUUGUUGUCACACUGGAAGAAAAUGGCUGCUGCUCCGACUUUUUUUCAAUGAAGACACUGAUAUUUCAAUUUCAUUUCGUUUUCUUGCAUUGGAGCUACCGUCGAUCGCUAUGCAAUCUAGAAGGGUGUGAAUGGUCACUUUAGGAAGGUGACAGUGUGGGGCAGAAAGGACAGCAUCGUCUACCGUCACUCGCCUUGCAGCUGGCGGUGGACCACAAUGCAACAAGUUUUGGAAUAUGCAUUGGAUCGAGCUGAGUACAUUGUUGAAAGUGCUCGACAACGACCAGCCAGAAGAAGAAAUUCAUCCGGCGGGAGGAAGAGUUUGUAUCAGAAGCUCUAUGAGCUCUACAUAGAGGAAUGUGAGAAAGAGCCAGAGUUAAAGAAUUUAAGAAGAAAUGUGAAUCUACUGGAGAAGCUGGUGUCUCAGGAGUCCGUAUCAUGUCUGGUGGUCAACUUGUACCCUGGGAAUGAAGGCUAUUCUUUAAUGCUUAGGGGCAAAAAUGGCUCUGAUUCUGAAACCAUCCGACUGCCAUAUGAAGAAGGAGAACUCCUAGAGUACCUAGAUGCGGAGGAGUUGCCUCCUAUUCUGGUGGAUCUGUUGGAGAAAUCACAGGUGAACAUCUUCCACUGUGGCUGUGUGAUAGUUGAGGUGAGAGACUACAGGCAGUCUGGUAAUACCAAGAUGCCAACCUAUCAGAGCAGACACAUUCUUCUGCGGCCAACCAUGCAGACUCUUAUCUGUGAUGUCCAUGCCAUGACCAGUGACCACCACAAGUGGACACAGGAUGACAAACUACAGCUGGAGAGUCAGUUGAUUUUGGCCACAGCUGAACCUCUGUGCCUGGACCCCUCUAUUUCUGUCACCUGCACAGCCAACCGCCUGCUCCACCACAAACAGAAAAUGAACACUCGCUCCAUGAAACGGUGUUACAAGAGGCACUCUCGAGCCGCACUGAACAGGCAGCAAGAGCUCUCCCAUCUGCCCAUGCCACCACAGCUACGACUCUUCGACUACCUGCAGAGGAGGAAGGAGAGGAAACCUGCUCCUGUAAUAGACCUGAAGAUCUCAAAGAUCGGAAACUGUGUUGACAUGUGGAAGCAGAGCAACUGCCAACUAACUGUGCCGAAGGAAAUUGAUGUGGAAAAGUACGCUGUGGUUGAGAGGUCUCUGCAGUUGGAGGACUCUCAGCCCAAUACUGUGAUCUGGCCUGCUGAGGAAGUUGUAGAUGACUACACGUUUGAGUGUGAGGUGGGAGGGCAACCCCAGAGGACCAAGGUGUCAAUCUUCCAGUCGAUGGGAGACCCACUGGUGUAUGGGAAGAUCUACUGUGCUAAAGAACCAAAGGCAGAGGAGGACAGCACAGACCUAAAGCUCAUACAUCCCACGUUCUUGAUAGGCUCCAAGAUAGAUGCAAACCGGUUUCUCAAUCAGUACAAAGGAGUGUAUGAGAAAGAUGUAAAGUGUCAGGUCAAGAUGUCCCAUAACUCAGGCACGGUGGCACAGGGGCCACCCUCCCCCAGCAAAGAUGAGGGUGAUGGUAUUUCUCCACUGCUCCAGGCGUCGGUUUUGGCGAAAGCGGUGAAGCACCGACCCCCUCCCAUCAAACUGCCUUCGGGAUCAGGCAACAGCUCCUCAGGUAAUCCAUAUAGUUCACAAACCACCAGUGGUCUACUCAAGUGUCCUACGCCCCCUCCAGCCAAAAGCCAGUCUCUGAACAGGAAGCACUCCAUGGAGCUGAGCCAGGUGGGCCUGCUGUCGCCGGCCUCCCUCUCCCCCAUGGGCUCCACACAGAGAUCAGGGACCCCCAAGCCAUCCACCCCCACUCCUACAAACACGCCGUGCUCCACACCGCACCCCACCGACUCCCUCUCCGCUCCUCUCUCGUUGACCCCUACUCCUUCGGACCCCUCCAUGCUUCAGAGCCAGACGCAGCCUACGCUCCUCACGCCCUUCGCCCAGCAGCAACUGGCUCUCAGCCAGCAACUGCCCGUCAUGACCAUUCCCCUGCCCACCAUGGGAACGUCAAUCAGCACGGGAACCACCUCUCCGCAGGUCAUGGGCAACCCGGCAGGGCUCAAUUUCAUCAAUGUGGUCAGCUCUGUCUGCAGUCCUCAGACCUUGAUGAGUGGCUCCAGCCCCAUGCUGGGUCCAGGCCUGAACCUGAGUGGAAUCCUGCCACCUGCAGGGCUGAUGCCCACCAUGCAGUCCGCAGCACAGACUGGGAGUCCUUUUGGCCUGAACAGCAGUGCUGGAUUGAGACCGCUGAACCUCGUGCAGAUCCCCACUGGCCCUCUCAUCUUUAACUCUCUGCAGCAGCAGCAGCUGUCUCAGUUCUCCCCACAGCAGAGCCAGUCGGCCACUUCCAGCCCUCAGCAGCAGGGGGAGACGGGUGACCAGGGGUCAGAUCAAAGUUUAGGAAACCAGCAAACAGCGGUCAUCAACCUGGGAGUCGGAGGCUUCAUGUCUCCACAAGCAGCAGUGCUGUCCCAGUUGGGCUGUGGGCUGGACGGGUCUGGGCCCCCGCUGCCUUCUCCAAGGCUUCAGCAGCAGCACCAGCCACAGAUCCAAUUGCAGUUCUUGCAGCACCAAAUGCAGCAGCAGCAAAUGGCUAUGGGAGCAGCGGUCCCUCAGGUGGGAGCGCCACGGCAACAUACCGCCAGCCAACCAAGAAGUAAGAGGAAGAGGAGCUUGCCACAGCCCCUCCCGAAGUCAUGACGGACAGAAAAUCACACAAAAAAGACUUCCCCUUGCUACACAAGGGCAUGAAUUGUCCAUACUGUGCUCUUUGUCUGCCUCACUGUGGAGAUUGCAGACCAAAAAAAACUGUUUUUGUUCUUUCUGUGUCUCUUUUUCUAGCUGACAAAAUGUGUUUGUAAUGGUUGUCAGAGUUUUUGGAGAACUUAAACUGUGUCCACCAGAGGAUGGGGUUUUUAGAACAGGGAGCCCUAAACUUUAAGAACCUUUUUGAUAUUUUUUGAGAUGAAAUAAGAUGGUUCUCAUAUGUGAUGGGCUUUCACAAUAACACAUCACCCCUUCAGGAAGACUUUUCUCUAUGGGGGCCCCGGGACUGAAAGGAUUAUGAAUGCACAUUCUCAGAGGAUUCCUCAUGAGCCUGCCUGACUCUGCUUGGUUGACCCCGGUAGAAACUGCCCUUUAAGCACGGAUCCCAGUGAGCUUAUUGACACCAAAUCCUCCAUAUUACCAUUACAUGUGAAAAUGCAAAUCUGAUCUUGGUGUAGUGCCUGGGGGCAGCUCUCUACCUCUCAGUCUGUUGGAAGUCUUUCUUCUGUUAGCCAUCCAGGCACAGGGCUCAUCCGAGGAAUCAAGAUGAACAUGCAAGCUGGUGUACCUGCUUUUGUACAGCACAUUUUGAAAAGGCAUUUCCUUUUAAAUUAGUUCAGGAGCCAUGAGUGUAUUCUUACGAGACAUCACUGAGUGUGUGAGAUAUUUCUGGACACUGAGAAAUAAUUUUUUAGGCAGUCUUUGUCAGCAGUUUUAUUGUUAUUAAAAAAAAAAGAAUAUAUAUUGACAGUGGAAAAUACAGCUUUUAGAUACAAA